CAAACGCCGGUCACGUGACGAGUAACAACCGGGAAAAAGCGGUUUCGAGGAUAAUGAUGCAUUUGGAGGUUAUAGACUGAAUUGUUUGGAGACACUUUUGAGCGAUAAAUAUAUACUUGUGAUUAACAUUAUGGGGAGAGUAUGUUGCGUCUUGGGAUGCCCAUCGGGCGGAGAUGCCCCGUCUCACCAGAUUCCCAAGAAUCCAGUCCUUUUCCAGAAAUGGAAGAACAUAAUAUACUCCGAGAAGAUUCAACAUCUGACCGAUGAGCAGAUAAGCAAAUGUGCCGUGUGCUAUCGGCACUUUGCCGAUGAUGAUUAUCUAGUGACGUUUAGAGUGAGAAAAUUGAAGCGCGGCAGAGCGCCUUCUUUAAACAUACCAAACAAGCCUGCUGCUAAUAAUUGCAAUUCUAGUACAAUAGAAUCGGAAAUUAAGACUGAAUCGGAAACAUUGGACGCAGAGACGAGCAUGUUUCUUGAAAAUUUGAACACGGAAAGUCAAGGAAUGGUAACGCCAGAAAUUAUAUUAUUCGAAGAUAUUCCAGAAGACGCUGGAUCUUAUCUUCGUAAACAACUGCAACCAAUUUUGCCGGAUAAGCCUAAUGUAAAACAAACUAAUCCAGCAACGGAAAGAUUUGAAUUAUGUUGCAGAAAAAGAGCAUUGAAAAGAAAACGACGGAAAUUAAUGGCUGAGAAAUUAGUACUACUUCGACUUAAAAAACAAGCUGAACAAUACGAAAAAACACCUACAAUACAAAGGCUUUUAUCUUCUUUAACGCCCGAUGAAAUAGCAUUAAUCAAAGCUAAAAUACAAAUGUCAAGGUAUUCUCCAAGAGUAUAUGUAAAAUUAUAUUAUGACAUCGCUAAGAGAAAAGCUCUUGCCCAAUUAUAAAAUUUAUUAAUUGUUUGAGACAAAUUUUAAAAUUAAAAAGAUAAAUUAAGAUGGGCAACUUAUUAUCUCAUGACAUUUUUUCACAUACAAUAAAAGAUGAAGAAAGUAUGCGUUAUGAUACAAUUGACAACUAAGGGAUGCGUUAUGAUACAAUUGAGAACUGUAAUAAACAAUUGCAUUUAUAGAGGUUCUUGUAUAUCAACAAGAAAUAAUUUCAUCAUAAUAAAACCAACACAGUCUAUUAUGGCUAAAGAAUAAUAAACGUUCCAGAUAUGAUUUGAUUUUUUAACAAAGUCGCAAUCUAUUAAAUAUUCUUGUCUAAACAGACGGAAAAGGUACGAGAUCACGUGCAAGAUAAUCGUUCGAACAUUGUGUCGACACAACGUGGUUUUACUGUAUUUUUAAAAACGAAUACAUGAAAUAUACAUUUAUAAUUAUAUAUAUAUAUAUCUAUAUAUAUGUAUAAUUGGUAGAAGGAUUAUAUCAUUCUCUGAAUAUAGACCUCUGAAGGCUAUCUUAUCGUUAAUGACGUCGUAUAGAGUAUAACGUAUCCUCUCUGAACACAUAAUCUUGACGGGGAUUAUUCUGUUGAGCACUUCACUCGCCGGUGAUGUAUUUUUUUGUUGUUUUUUUUUCCAUUUACUACGCGAGAGAAUCGCUAUACUGACAAUAAUCCGGUGAUCCGCGUUAAGGAAA